AAAACGUACUUUUCCCAAAAUCGAAUAGAAUCGCACAUCCCCCUAGCUAGGGUAAUAAAUUCCUGUAAAUUUGAUUAUUUAUUUCUAGGAGUUUGCUCAAGUAAAAACUUGAUUUUUAAUCAAAAAAAUGCCGCAAGAACUCAACAUCAAACAGCAAUUUUACAUGAUUAUAAAAAAGUUUCGCUUUGAAGAGUUGGAAGAAUAUGUACUCCCUGUUUUAUCUGAAUUAUCUUGGGAUAUAAUCAAAUCGAAACUUGUAAAAAAUCAUGAAAGUCUUACUACAGCUCAUGCUGUUCCAAUUAUUCAAGAUGAAAUCAAUAAAGCAAAUUUGUCUAGUGCUCUAUUAAAAGAAUAUUUACAUACUUUGGAAGUAGUUGAAAUAAGUAUACAUUACAGAAAAAAGUAUUGGUUUGCUUAUGAAUUGAAAGGUGGACAAGAACCAAUCAAUCUUAAAAGCAGAGAAAUAGAGAAUAAUAUUAAGGAAAGUUUUGAUAAAUACAAUAUGGAUAUGGAUGUCAAGGCUCUGAAGAAUGACAAUUUGAUUUUUCUAUCUAUCAAAGAAAAACUCAAAAAAAAGCAGAGAAAAACAAUUACACCAACAUAUUUUGCAUUAACCAGGCAUUACAAUUUUUUCUUCUGCUCAAAAGAGAAAUGUAUGAAAAAUAUUUUGGCAGCUGUGAUUGAUGGCUUGAAUUACAAGAGCUGUAAAAAAUUGAAACUGACAGGUAGAGAUGUUCCUUCAUUGGUAAAAAUGUUGCUAAACAAAAAAAAUGCAGCGCUCCAAGGUGAUGUUGUGAAAGAUCCUCUACCAUACAGAUAUGCUGCUCCAGUAAAAACUCCUUUCGGUUUAGAUUUCACUCAGAAUAAGAAUCGAGAACAAUAUGCUGAAAAGUGUUUUGGAGAAAAUCCACCAGUAUUUGAAAGCUUGAAAGUCAAAUGUUUGAAUCAAAAGUGGAAACAUGAAAAGGCUGCACAAAAAUUACCCAAUGCUUCGAUUUCUACUAAGAUCGAAUUUCGAAGUAUAAAUAUUCCGAAUUUUCUCAAAACUCUUGUAACCAAAGGCAUCCUCACAACACCACUUCCUGUUUAUGCAGCCAAUGUUCUGAAUAUAGGAAGGAAUGAUAUGGAACUCACCAAUGCAUAAUUU